AUGAAAUAUCAUAUUGAUAAUCUCGAGAAAUCAGAUAAUUCAUGGCAUUCUAAAUUAGCAGAUUUUGAUAAUUGCUCAAGAAAAACCGGAUUUGACAGGAAGAAAAGUAUUAAAAAUGUUGCAGUGCAAACAAUUCAUUUAGAAUCAGACAAUGAUUUUUUGCCUAUGUUUACACCUCUUCUACUAAAAGAUAUUGAAGAAAAUAUGAAAGAAAUGAAUAAAAAAGAAGCUAUUUACACAAUUAUACAAACACAUUUGGAAUUAAUCAAAAGACAAGCAAAACGUGAAAAACGUUUGCUGCAAGAAUGGAAUUCUGCUAUUAGCGAUUUGGAAGAACGAUGUGAGGUAGUCAGUUUUGAACGAUUGAAAUUACUUCUUCGUAGUAAUAAUUAUUCGUAUGCUUGA